AUGAAGUUCAUCACAGAUAAUAUUAUAACUCCUAUCAGGUAAGAACUUUUUCUCCUCAGGAGCAGAACAAGAUCUUGCAGACAGGCUCUAAAAUCUGUCCUGCUUUAUCUCUGGGAUGUUUACUCUGCACCUACAACUGUUGGCAGAGAUGUCCUGACUCUACUGUCUCUCUGUUUCAUGCUCUCAAUCAUCACUGGUGGACUGCUUCAUCACUGGCUGUCAAAUAUUCUGAAAUACAACCACCAAGCGUCUGUUCAGACCAUCUGCAUCUACAGCGUGGCUAUGUUUCUUGUCUCGUUCCUGUGUCAUCCUCUGCGCUGUGUGCUGACCAUGAUUCUGCCCACAGUCUGCACCAAACAGGGACGUAAACUCCUCAUCUCAGCCUCUGUCAUGAUUUUAGUUUUGAACGUUGUCCCUAAUAUUACCGUUAACGUAGGGGUCGUCGCACGCAUCCUGAAGUGCACCGCUGAGGGCUUCACAAAGACUUUAUUAAACUCAUCCGAACCUUUGAACCAAGCAAAGCGAGACCUUGUUGAGGAAACCAUCAAAGUCAAGAGGGAAGACUUGAGCAUUGUCACUAACUUGAGGAAAUUAGAUCAUUUCACACAUGUUGAUGUGUCAGAAGUCAAAAGCAGAUUUACUAAGAUGAUUGGGCAGAUAGAGGUCAACUUUUCACAUGCCAGGAAUCUGCUAAAAGAAUAUAAACUGCUGUCAAACCGAAUCCUUGCUGCCAUUUUUGUUGCUUUACUAAUCUUUGAAUCUGCACGCUACUUGAAAUCUUAUCUGACAUCAGUCAAGUUUGAUAAUGGCUAUGUCUCCAAAGAGUGCCUCCAAAAAGCAACUCAUGCUGGUAACAAAAGGCUAGCUAAAAAUAAAACCUAUCCCACAAGCUGCAAAAUAACAAGUCAGGAAUGUGCCUCCUGUUUCAUAGAACUAGUUGUAGUAACAUUAUAUUUCAUUGCAAUAGCUUUAAUAGUAGCUUUGGAUCAUGUUGUGUAUCAUGUCGUUCAGGUGAUUGUGCCGUGGCUACUGGAUUUCCCACCGACAUCUGCCAGCAUCAGUGUCAGUUAUAAGGUCCAGUGGUUCCCCCCUGCUUUUUGUAUUAUCCCACAAUCCUGUGUCACACGGGAGCUCACAAACUUCCACAGGGAUUACAAGUGGACCUUCAACCCCGAGCCAUCGCUCUGUAAUGUGACAACUUCAAACCCGAACCUGGGAGUCACACUCUUGCUGGGAUGUCUCUGGCUGAUGAGCUACACUCUGGUGUUCCUCGAGGUGUACGCCAGACGGCUGCGCAGGAAAAUCUCUGCAUCCUUUUUCAGAAAGCAAGAGGAGAGGAGGAUGGCUUACUUGAUUAAGAAAAUUCAAGAGAAGCAGACUAAAAAAAGAGCCCAUUUCCGUUGA